AUGUACCUAUUCACCCAGCCCAUUAUUAUUAUUAUUAUUACUGUUUACUGCUACUCCUACUGCUACUACUAUACUACUACUACUACUACUACUACUACUACUACUACUACUACUACUACUACUACUACUACUACUACUACUACUACUACUACUACUACUACUACUACUACUACUACUACUACUACUACUACUACUACUACUACUACUACUACUACUACUACUACUACUACUACUACUACUACUACUACUACUACUACUACUACUACUACUACUACUACUACUGCUACUGCUACUGCAUUAACUGCUACUAUUACUGGUACUGCUACUGCAUUAACUGUUACUAUUACUGCUACUAAUACGUUUAUCAUAAUUAUUGCUGUUAAAGCUGCAAAUGGAGAAGGGGGAAAGCAUUAUCGGUGCUGUUGGGCUGAUGAGCAAAACCAAGAGUGA